GGAAGUAUCACUAUUACCUGCACACCGUACAGGUGCGAUAAACAAAAAAUAAAUAAACAGGUGUCAGGUUUAUUCAGAAUGCUGGAAUAACACUAACCCGGCUGGGAAUGCAGCAGCCAUGACAUCGUGCAUCCUCUAUGCUGUUCUUGUUGGGAUCAUCGGUCACACUCCCUGUCAAGGAUGGCAGCUCGUUAUGAAAGUGCCAAUGACAGGGGAUCUAGCGGGACACAACAGUGUGUAUGAUCUGUGGACCUCCAACAGGAGUGUUAACCCCGACACUAAGAACCCUCUCUCCAUCCAGCCUGGAAUCACGUACAAGUCUAGAGACGUCCUCAACUGGGACCAGAGAACCAUAAAUCUGGUGAAGAUUGCGUUUUACCAGGGAGUGGAGGAGGUGGCCCAUGUUGUGUUUGGGGCGGCCGGUUCUGGUUACAACCAUUCCAACUGGACUGUGUUCUCAGAAGGAACAAACCUGACAACUUGGUUUAACUGCUCUCGUAUCUACACCACGACCUUUAACACAAUGGAUGUUCCAGAAUUCUGCAGCAUACACAGCACAUCCUCCCUGGACCACAGCUUCUCAAUUCUGAGUUUGAGUCUUGAGACCCAGUCCGACUGCAACAACCUGACCGGCUGGUUCGUGGUCUUGGAGCCGCGAAGUGAAAACUCUGCCAUCAACUGUGGCUGGGAUAUACAGAGAACCAAACCACCACAUUUCCUGUACGCCAAAGAGAAUACAUCGACUCUCAUGAAAAAUGCAGCCACUGCUGAUGUAAUGGCAAUAUUUGUUGAUGACUGUAUCAACGAGACGCUGUGUCACUCGCCCUCCUGUUGGCAGUCUCCUCAGGGCGUGUGUUCUUGCCAUGGCUACCCUUGUGAGUCACCCUGCUCACAUCUGCCAUGUCCCCAGCACACCAGCUGUAGGCCGCACGCCACUAAUAUCUCUUUAUUCACGUGUGAGUGCCUGUACGGCUCUGAAAACAACGAGUGUAAAGCAGCUGCCACAUUGGAGGGAGGUCUGUCUGGUGGAGUGAUAGCUGGUAUAGUGCUGGGGGUACUGGGAGGUGUGGGGCUGGUACUGCUGAUCAUCUUCGGGGUCUACAAGCUGAGGAAGAGGAAAUCAGUACUCAAGGACAACAAUGACAAGGAAUCUUCCACCGCCGCAGGUUUUGCUCGUGAGUUUGUUCGUCGUAGCGUACACAGGCUGUCUGGACGCAACUACCAGUUUGCCCGCAGACAUCUCAAGGAGGAGAAGCCCACUCCAGCUGAGCAGUCCAAUGUCAUUGCUAAUGUGAAGGUUGUCAAGUCACAGCAGCUCUCCCCAGAGAGCAGUGUGGUGUUUGGAGAGGUGAACCCGGGGUUCCAGGAUGACGACUCCCCACCCACCCCCCAGCCCACACCACCCAUAGACAGACGCUACACAGAGUUCCCUACUCGGGCUGUGGGGCCACCAAGUGUGUCUGUCACUGAGAUACAGAUGCAUGAGAAAAGGUCUUAUGUGAAGGCAGAACAGCCUAAAUUUACUCAGAGUGUUCCUCCUGUUGUCGAGUUAAGGUCGAGGCGUGAAUCUCCACAUAGUCUGGAGUUCUGUGAGAAAGCAAGUACUGUGGGAAGUUAUGAACGUGCAAGUACCAUGAGUGAGAUCUCCGAUGCCACGAGCACGUCAGGUUACAGUGACUACACAGCUGAUGUCCCAGCAAACCUUCCCCCAAGUGAAAUGAUAUCUAAAGACAUUCUGCGUCAUCAUGGUCAUCGUCACCGUACCAGGUCCCGCCCCAGGUCUCGUGGGACCUCGGGUGAGCAGCCUAAGGCCAUUGUGGCCCCAGAGACAGUGGAGGGUCAGAUCCACUAUGCCAUGGAGAGGAGCCGGCUCAGCAUCAGCAGCAUGUCAAGUCUGUCCAGUGAGGCUACGCACAAGAGUGACAGCACGCAGCGCAGUGGGGAAGUGACCAAGUCUGACGUGCUGCGUGCUCGCUAUGAACUCUCCCAUCUCGGUGAGCCUGCAGGCAGGCCACACUUAGUGAAGCCAGGUGAGGGCCUGUCCUACCAGGAGAUCAAACGCCAGCUUGAUGCAGACAUGAGCCGCAGAGAGGCGAGGGAACGCAAACUGCAGCUGGAAAUGGAGCAGGAGGCCAAGUUUGAGGAGGAGAAGAUGAGGAAGCACAGGAUGAGGCAGGUGGAGAGUCUGGACAGCGGCAUCGACGCUGAGAACAACAUGGGGGAGCGCAGCAGUGAUGGUAACAUCCAGAUUGUGAGGGCCCGGUCUGCUGACCAGCUGAACAGAAACAGGGGGCUGGUGGUGAACUACUCCAGCAAGGAGGCCACCGUCUAGACACACUUUUAGGAGUGGUAACAAGUCAGCAAGAUCCCAACUUGUUAGCUUAAACAAUACUAUAUAUCACCCGCUAUCUGGGAAAACUAGGCAAGUGCGUAGUGUCGUUCCUGCUUAACCUUUGCUGUUGGCAGAGCUUAAUAAGUGAAGAAACUCGCCACCUAGACCGGAUUUAAGUUUAGAGCAGACUUCCUUUAAAAGAAAAAUUCCAUAAAAAGGUGUGACGGCUCUUUAGGCACAUGCAUUAUGUUUUGCUUCCCCCAGAACGAAGCACAUGUUAUGAUAGUGAUCAGCUGGACUGAAACUUGGAGCUGAGAGGCAGAUCAAAUGGAAGUGAAGGCAAUUUAUCAAUGGGACUUAAACUGUGGUUAAGAGGUCAGCUGGAUUUGAUCUUUAAGCUAGAUAGUCCAGCAAGUAAGCCAACUUCUAGCCAGUCUCCUGACCACGCAUUUUCCUUACCUAUUGUUGUGUUUAUUUAUUGUUCUUGUAUGAUGAUCUUACACUUACCCACUAGUCUCAUUUUAGAAUAUUUCAGAAACUUUCCCUCUGGUCACAUUGGUUUUAUUUAGGUAUUGAACUGAGGAAAUAAUUAUUAUUAACUGACAUGAUUUAUAAAUUCAAAAUGGUUGUAAGGUUAUAAUAAAUUGUAUGUUAUACAACUUAAAAGUUACACAGUCAUACUUUUUUACCACCAUUUAUUUGUGUCUAUUCUUUUCUCAUUUUUAUGCCCCCAAAGGUGGGCAUAUAAUGAUCGCACUGUCUGUCUGUCUCUCCGUUUGUCUGUCCGUCACACUUUUGCAUUUUGGUUUCGAAAAAUGCUCAUAGCUUUUAUGUCGCUUCAGAUGUAACCUUCAUAUUUGGUAUGCAUGUGAAUAUGGACAGGGCCUUUCCAUACCCACUAAAUUUUGACCCCUUGACCUUUAACUGUGGGUCUGUGUUUAGGGUUCGAAAUCUGUGUUUAAGUUUCGAAAAAGCGUUUUUCGGGGGCAUAUGUCUUCCGAUGGAGACAGCUCUUGUUUAUAAGAAAAUAAUAUGAUUAACAGUUAAAGGUAGAAUGUAUACAAAAGCAAUCUAUGCAUACUGACAACUUAAUCAUAUCAUUUCAAAAGCGUGAAAAGUUAACUUCAUUGCAUUAUUGUGUGUCUCUCUCAUGACCUUUACCCAUAACUUAUGAUCUUUGUAUGUCUGCACAAAGUGGUGGCCAUUAAAUAAGUCACUUUUCUGUUGGUUCAUAUGUAAGCUUUUACCCAAAUUUAGUCCAAACUGUUAUUCCAUUAUUUAUUAGGCAAUAGUAUGAUAACUUACUAGAAAUGGUCACCGUGUGAAAACAGCUCGUUCUGCUCAGCACAUGCGUCCCUAGCUCAAAGGUCAAGAUGACACUUAGCGGUUAAAUGUCAAAUGUGCAGCUUGUGUGAGUCAGAAAAUGUGUCAUAGGUGUCGGAGGAGUUUGCCUAUCAAAACUUAAUGUACCAAUUCAUUCACAUGGAAAUGCUCGUUGUAGUUAGUACAUAGAUAUAUAUCAAGUUACAUAUCAAGUUUUACAUAUCACAGAAGCAUACUUGUUUAUUUAAUUGCAGCAAAAACGUCCAUUUUUAGCUCGGCAUUUUCCGAGGUAUUGUCAAAGCCAGCUCGUCCUGUCGUCUGACGUCCGGGUCGUGCUAAAUCCUUAACAUUGGCUCUAAAAUCAAAACUGCACCGUACCUUUCACCUACAACUUUGAAAAUUCAUAUGUAGAUGUACCUCGAUGAGUUCUACAUGCCACACCCAUUUUGGGGUCACUAGGUCAAAGGUCAAGGUCACUGUGACCUCUAAAAAAAAUAUUCUUACCAGCUUUUAUUAAUCAAAACUGAACCCGUAGCCGAGCGUGGCACCCUUUAUGCGGUGCUCUUGUUUCACAUUAUUGUUUUAUUUGUAUUUAUACAUAGUUAAUAGCAGAAAAUGUCUCUAGAACAGGUUGUUGAAAUUUAGUAUACUUCAUGAACAUGUUUGUUAUCAGGAAAGCAUAUAGAAUUUAUUUUGAAAUAAUGAUCUACAAUUUAACCUUUUUGAAUGGAGUGUGACCUUAAUAUUGUCAAAAACAACAGUACACUUUUUCUACAGACACUGGUAUUACUAUUAAAUAAAUAAAUAAUAAAAUAUAAAAACUAUAUGAUUGUACUUUUUAAAAUAUUGCCUAUAAAAUUCACUUUGUGAUUUGUACGAUCUUUGAUUCUAAAUAUAUAAUGGCUGUCAACUUUUGUUUCAUGAUAUAAGUGUUUGAAGCAUGGGAAGUUGCAUGUCAAAUUUGGUAAGUCAGUACCCAAGAAUUGAGUUGUUUAUGACAGAUGCUGGUUUUACAGAUGUGAUUGGUGAGCAUUUUAGGCUGCAAUAGCUUUCACAAUACCAGUUUAUAUAAACUCCUAUACGGAAAUGAUCUUAUUUAGGUUUUGUCUCACAAAGUACAGCCACCCCUGCAGGUAUAAAGUUUUAAUGCUUUCAGUGCUGGAAACCAAUUUUGAAGGCCUUUGCAAACAGUUUGGAUCCAGAUGAGAUGCCACAGAACGUGGCGUCUCAUCAGGAUCCAAACUGUUUGCUAUUCUGAUAGUAUUCUUUGAAAAAAAUCGAAGAUAAUACUAAUUUUAGAAAUUCAUCAGACGACAUUUUAGCAGAUGACAAAUUUCCCAGCAUGCAAAGGGUUAAAUGUGUGACUUUAUUCAGCUGGACAUAUUACUAAAAAGUUGUAUAAGCCCACUAGUCAUUGUAUAGAUACCUAAUUUUGAUAAGCUGUUUGUUUUUCUUUUUUAGUCAUCUGAUAUUGCCAUGUGCUUUUUGGAACCUUAUGCCUAUUUUUAUCAUGGUAAUGUUUCCAACAUUCAUGUGGUUGAGCUCAGUUGUUUUGGCAAUCAUAGAUGGUGAAGCUGACGGUCAUUGGACCCUUCUAUUGAGGGUAUUUAAUAAUUGUGACUUGUAUGCAGUCUGUAUUCAUCUACUAGUGUUCAAGUGCUAGUGUAUAGUAUUUAAAAGUGUUGAUGAGUUUUUAUUCUGUAUCUAGUUUCAUCUCUCUAAAUUCGUCAACAAGUCAGAACAAUUGUACAAAUUUGACUGUUUUAAAUUUAUAAUUUCACUUUUUUGUUUCAGUUUUUGGCAGAUAAAUGAUUUGCGCAUGCAACAUUUACCAUGCUUUGAAAAAUAUGCUGUUGAAUCAUUAUAUUUGUCGACCUAAAAUGUUGUUGUUUUAAAAAAUUACCUUUUCGUGGACACUUAAAUUCGUUGCAUUCUGAUUUUGGAAAUAAAAAACAGUAUUUUACAGAGAACAUUUUCCGAUGCGUUUGUGUUAAAUUUAUGGUUGUGUAAACAACAAAAUCUAAAAAAAUAAUCGUCUCACAAAUAAUAAAGAUUUAACAAUAAUUGUGUUUAAUACAUAUUAAUAAAUAUAUCUGCAUCAAAUGAGAGAUAUCUUAUUUAAAGUGACACAAUAUGGUUGUGAUUUUACGUUUCAGAUAUUUAAGCAAACAAGGGUUAACCACUUACAUGUUAAUAAUUUUUCCAAUUAUAACCUUUUUAUUAAGUUUAUAUGUGUUAUAUAUAUUUUAUUAUUGUAUAGCAGGGUUUUACUAUUUAGGUUUUUAAAGUUUUGUCUUCCGGGCAAUACCAGUGUAGUUUGCUGCGGUUAAUAUCUGAUAGCUUGCCUGCAUCUAUAUGUAGGAUUAUUUAUAGUAAAGUACUGGUGGCAUGUUCACAAGAAAUUUGACAAGAUAUUUACUGUAAUAUGAUUAAGAGACCAUUUUGGUACUUUAACUGUAAUUUUUAGCUCUACUGGCCGAAGGCCUGAAGAGCUUAUAUCAUGGCGUGGUUUCCGUCGUCUGUCCAUCCGUGCGUGCGUUAGACUUUUUCUUGUUUACGCGAUAAAGUCAACAGUUUUCAUCCAAUUCUUUUCAAACUUGUUCAGUGUCUUUAUAUUAAUGAGGACUCAAACCCUAUUGAAAAUGGGUUACAUCAGAGUAAAAAGUCGAGAAUUAUCUCCCCUUGAAUUUGAGAAAAUUGUGAAAUAAGGCUUGUUUACGCAAUAAAGUCCACAGUUUGCAUCCAAUCAUUUCCCAACUUUCACAGUGCCGUUAUCUGAAUGAUGAGUCAAACCCCUAUUGAAAAUGAGCAAUAUCGGAGUUAUAAGUCCAGAAUUAUCUCACCUUGAAUUUGAGAAAAAAUGAAAAUCUUUAACAUUUUGCCAUAACUUUUGCAAUAUUGAAGAUAGCAACUUCAUAUUUGGCAUGCAUGUGUAUCUCAUGGAGCUGCACAUUUUGAGUGGUGAAAGGUCAAGGUCAUCCUUCAAGGUCAAAGGUAAAAAAAAAUCAUCAAAGCGGCGCAGAAGGGGACAUAGUGUUCCCGGCAAACACAUUUCUUGUUUGUUUACAUAUAAAGUUCUAUCCUUUUGAAACUUCAACGGAUGUUUUAUAUCAUCAAGGGCCAGAACCCCAUGGAGAGUGAAGAAAAUUCGUCCAACUCAUUGUUGAAAAGGAGCCAUUUAAAGUUUAAAUUUGCGUUUCUUCUUGUUUUUGCGAUGAAUUUCCCAUUUUGGGUCUCUUUAUUUAAAACGUACUCAGAUUGUUCAUACUAUCAAGGGCUUGAGCUCUAUUGAUUCCAGCCAGUAGAGCGAUUCAGGCCCUCAUGGGCCUUUUGUUGAGUUUCUACCACAUCUAUUGAAUCAUACUUGUGUUCUGUUGUAUAAAGGUUCCAUUUUUAAAACAAGUAUUUUGCUAUUCUUAAAUUAGUUAUAAAGUAAGGCAAUACUUAGGAGUUUUAUGGUAAAACACUCAGCCUUUGGGUAUUUAUGACAAACACUCAAUGCUAACCCUUUCAGUGCUGGAACCAAAUUUUGAAGGCCUUUGCAAACAGUUUGGAUCCAGAUGAGACGCCACAGAACGUGGCGUCUUAUCAGGAUCCAAACUGUUUGCUAUUCUGAUAGUAUUCUUUGAAGACGAAAAAAUGAAGAAAAUGCUAAUUUUAGAAAUUCAGCAGACAACAUUUUAGCAGACGACAAAUUUCCCAGCAUGCAAAGGGUUAACACACUUACACUUCAACUUCUCCAUGUCAUACUUCAAACUACCAGUAAUUUUCUACAUCUCUUAUCUUAUGUCACGAUCCCAUUCUUAAUAUAUAGCAACCCAGUGAGUCCAGUAUAUGUUUGUAUUUGUAGUCUAACAAGAACAAGUUUCACUGUGAUUGAUGUUUUUAAUAGAAAUAAAUAAUUAUGCAGAGAACUGCUGUGUUGUAAUACAGUACAGUAUUGUUGAUUUCAUAUCAUUCCAGAACAAAUGCUUUAGUACAUGUUUAUUGCUUGUGUAUUUUAUGAACUGCUGAGUUAAUGUUGUGUGUAUACCGGUAAUUUGUUUUAUUUAUGCUUUGUUAUAUGUUUUUUUUUCCAACACUGUCGUGUUUGUUUUAAGCUGAUCAUUAUCAUGUUUUAUUUAAUAAGUUCUUUUUGUUUGAAACUAAGGAAUCUCUUUUAUAUAAAAUGAAAAUAUAAUAUAAAAUUC